CAUUCAAAAUGGCGGCCUUUUCGUUCUCUGCAUGGUACUCCAGUUUAUUUGCAGUUUCUAUGGGUAUUUUCCUACAAUUUAACACAAAACAGUCACAGCCGUAUAUGGAUGAGAUUUUCCAUGUCCCCCAGGCCCAGAAAUACUGCAACUACAAGUUUGAUGAAUGGGAUCCAAAGAUAACAACAUUGCCAGGAUUGUAUUUUAUAUCCUUCGCAUGUUUGCGAACUUUGGCGUUUUUCGUUGGACACGAAUUACGUGUAGUGUGUUCGACGUUUUUUCUACGGAUGGUUAAUACUUUGUUCCUAAUGGGUAACGUGUUGCUUCUGAGGCAGAUCCUGUUAAUUCUUCACUGCGAUAAUACUCGACAGUCACGUCAGGGAGAUGAACCCACAGAAGAAGAGAUCUCUUCACCCAUUAAAUGUUCUGUGACGGCUUUGGUCCUGGCAUUAUUCCCUGUGAUGUAUUUCUUUACAUUCCUCUACUACACUGAUUCAAGCUCCACUUUCUUUGUUCUUCUACUGUAUUACCUCAGUCUCCGUGGAAACCAUUUCAUUGCAGCCCUGAUUGGUGCCGCAUCAAUUGCCGUGCGUCAAACUAAUGUCAUAUGGGUGGUGUUCACAGCUGGAGUGACUGCAUUGAGAACUUUACAAUCAGUUGAGAAAGAAACAGCUUCAUCAACAUUUUUCACAGAACUGAAGGAAUAUAUCAAAUCAUUUUACCACAACUUUUUCAAGAUGUUCAGAUAUCUCUGGGCCUAUGGUUUUGUUGUAGCAUGUUUUGCUAUUUUUGUGGUCAUGAAUGGUGGAAUCGUAGUUGGUGAUAAGAGUCAGCACCAGGCAUGCUUAAAUUUCCCACAGUUGUUUUACCUUCUGACUUUUACCCUUGCAUUCAGUAGCUCCCAGCUGCUUUUGCCACAAGACAUUGUAAGCUAUUUGAAAACCUUUAAAAACAUUGUCAAGAAACCAUUGUAUGUUAUUGGGUUACUUUUAUCUGCAGUUUCCAUAACCUUAAUCAUUUACAAAUUUACAUAUGUGCAUGAGUAUCUUCUAGCUGACAAUCGGCACUACCCAUUUUAUAUUUGGCGGAAACUUUAUGCCAGGCAUUGGGUGGUGAAAUAUGCUCUUACACCUUUGUAUAUAUUUUCAGGAUACUGUAUUCACCGUCAAUUAUCUCUAAAACAACCAAGAACAUGGCUAGCUAUGUUCUACAUCUGUGUCUCCAUGGUUACUGUCCCCCAAAAACUGUUGGAAUUUCGGUACUACAUCAUCCCAUACAUUUUCUAUCGGCUUCACAGUCCACUAGGGUCUUAUACAAGAGUUGCUUUAGAAUGCAUGUUAUACAUAGCUGUGAAUGCAAUUACUUUCUACUUGUUCUUGGAAAAACCAUUUCGUUGGGCUCACAGUCCUAAGGAAGUUCAAAGGUUUAUGUGGUAGCCAAGUGAUCAAAUGAAAUUGAAUAUAUUGUUUAUUUUACAAUCCCUACUUUUGUAAACAUACAGGCUUGGAAAUUCAAAACUAUGCCCUUUGGCAUAUCUGUCAACCCUUUGACUCCAAGAAGUAAUUAUAACAUGACCUCUCUCAAUAAUAUCCAUACAUUAACCAGCAAACAGAUGAUAAACAAUACUCAAAACUUAUCAGGUAGAAAUUGUUAUCUUGUUCCAACAACAAAGUCUUGUAACUAAUUUACAAGGAAAUGUAUAACAGCAAGUAAGGAGAAGUAACAAGCAGAUCUUGGGAGUUAAAGGGUUUAUCUCUAAAAUUCUUCAACAUACCAGUAUAUCAAGCUUGCAGCACCACAGAUGUAGUGGAGUGUUCACUUGAAGUGUCACAACAAUAUUAAUUUUGAAUGCUCAUGACAGCAGCAGCUACAUUGUGACUUUCCAUGGUUAAAUUUUUGAAUGAUAUACACUGUACCAAGUUAUGAUCAUACACUUUAUAAUCUCAAUGUGAGGCACAUUCAGUAGUAUUAAUGUCAAGACAAAAUCCAGUUAGUACCUUUAACAAAACAAUACAUGUAAAACAUUGCAUACCCAACAAAA